GGCGCUAGCGAGCGACACAUAAAACGCUGUGCAGCCAAAGCUGCGCCACACGCGCAGAAGUAUAACAUUGAGCCAGUUUUUCGUGCCCCCAUACCACUCCUUGGCCCAACUAUCCAGCGUUUCCGCGCUCUUAUCGCCGCACCAGGCUCCCACAAGGCGCUGCACGGCAACCAUGGCGAAACCCAAGCGCACCUCUCAUAAAAAAACCGUGACAAAGAAACCCACGACCUCGAACUGGGAACGCCUGCGGCCGCAGCUCACGAAGGGCGCCAAAAAAAAGGGGUCGAAGCACGCCGCGCGCGACCUCGCGGAGGCACUACAACAAGCUAAAGCAACAAAGACGGUCAAGAAGCCCCACACGGUCGCGCCCGACACGUACGUCGCGUUGGACUGCGAGAUGGUCGGCGUCGGGAGCAAUGGGCGCGAGAGCGCCCUCGCGCGGUGUUCGGUCGUCGACGAGCAAGGCAAGGUGUUGUACGACCGGCACGUCCAGGUCGACGAGCGGGUCACGGACUUCCGGACGAAGUAUUCCGGUGUGCGAGCGAAGGAUUUGAAGCACGACAGCGUCACGUUUCGCGACUGCCAGCAAAAGGUCGCGGCGUUACUGCGAGGCAAGAUUCUAGUGGGUCACGCGCUGUCGAACGACCUGAAGGUUUUAUUAUUACCACAUCCUAGACAGCAGAUGAGAGAUACGGCCCGGUGGCCGCCGUUGAUGCGGACGACGCGCCACGGGAAGCGCCGCCCGCGGAAGCUGCGUGAUCUAGUGCUGGAGCAUCUCGACCGCAAGAUCCAGGAGGGCGAGCACGGCUCUGUCGAGGACGCGACGGCCGCGAUGGACCUGUACAAACUGUUCGCGGCGGACUGGGAGGCGUCGCUCCGUUUGUCGGCGUAAAUGUGUA